GCAAACAAACAAGCAAGCAAGCAAGCAAGCAAGCGCGUAGCGAGCCGUUGUACUGCCUGUGACGCGGCGCAUCGUCUCGUCUCGUGCAUUGGACUGGAUUCUCCACCAACGGCUGGCGCAGCUGUACUCGAUACCAAUAAGGAAUAAUCUUGGUGUUGAGUUAAUGUCCAGGCAUUGUCUGAGAGAUUGCGACAUGCAUGCAGCGCAUGCAGUACGGGCCCAUGUAAGCCUGUGUGUAUGUGCGUCUUUGCCCAGGUACCUAUAUACACCCUAGAGGAGGAUGAAAUUGGCCAUUCAUGCGCAGUGAAAUUGAACGAGCAAUGGCGUUGACUACGGCGCUCGCAAAAGGACUUGGGCCAGCAACGACCAUCCAGCAUGAUUCGGCAGCAGGCAGACAGACGGUGAACAGAUUGGACUCGAAGCCCUGGAGGCUGAGAGACAGCAAGGAUGGCCGAUCGUGUGGCUACCUCGAGCCCCACCCUAGUGAGACGGCUGCAAACCAUCGUUGGGUACAAUGCCAAAGGACGUCGAAUCUGUCGUUGCGGAGGCGUGACCGGUCAGCCAGACAGCCAGACAUCCAUCCAUUCAUUCAUGCUGCGCACGCGAGCGAUGCAGGACUACGUCCCUCCUGCUAACCACUGCUCUAUUCUGUAUGGGCACUGCUAUUCUUAUCCCUUCGCAUCGCCCAAAGAGGAAGGCUACCUACGACCGUGGUUUUGGAUCCGUGGCAAGCAGAACUAUGUUUUUUUUUUUCUUGUUCUUCUUCUUCUCUGCCUCUACCCACGUUUUGAUAUGCAAUUGCUGUUAUACGCUAGUCGAUCCAAUGGUGGGAAACCAACCAGUGGCAACCGCGGCUCGCAGCUGAGCAUUACGACUUAUCCGCCUUCUUCUUAUUUUUUUUUGCCUCCCGAGGAAAAAAAAACCUCCCGAAAAACCAGGAGGGGGUGCGAAUAAUCGAACGCCCUGCCGCGCCUUACCAAACGUUCUCACUACGCAGCAGGGCUAUCCAAGUGACUGGAGACCAGACUGACUCUAUCCAUCUGCAAUCGCCAUCUGGUACAGUAGACACAGUCGAACAUCAAUGCACUGGCAACGGAUGCUGGUAUGGGUACCUGGUACAGUCAGCGUGUAGUCGUCUGUCGGGUGGCCCCUUUUCUGCCUGCCUGCCUGCCUGCGUCCCCCUAACUUGUAUCGUGUUCUAGAAGAAGACAGCCCAAGCAGGAGGGCAGACAGCGAGUGUGGCAUCCACGCAUGAUACGUCAAUGGGCCGGCCGCUACUAAGGCCCUACUCGAAGUGGCAGGCCUAGCAAGAACGGGUAUCAGGGACAAGGGUUUGACGUGGUAGCUUGACACUUGACACCCUCUUCCCCCCCACAGUGCCACAGUGCGCGCAUGUGCAUGGCUAAGGUACGUAGGCGUGAAGACUCCAUCUCCUAGUAGUACUAGGUGGAACCAACACAAUCCCAACGGCAGUUCCCACCGGCGGCUGCAACAUUCGGGCGGCGAUUACGACGACCCUGACUCUGUUGCUUUGUCUUGCUUUGUCUUGCUCCGCUGCUGCUGUCCUGGUACUUGCCAGGU